AUGGCUCCCUUCGUGCCUCGUGGCGGUGGUCGCGGCGCCCCUCGCGGAGGUGGUGGUUUCGGUGGACGCGGUGGUGGCCGUGGUGGCUUCGGCGGUGGUGACCGUGGUGGCCGUGGUGGCUUUGGCGGUGACCGUGGUCGCGGUGGCUUCGGCGGCCGUGGUGGUGCUCGUGGUGGUCGCGGCGGUCCUGGCGGUGCUCGUGGCCGUGGAGGCAUUGACAAGCGCGGCGGCAGAGGCGGUGGCCGUGGAGGCGGCAAGCCUGGUCAGAAGGGCGGCCAGAAGGUCAUUGUGGAACCCCACCGUCACGAGGGUAUCUUCGUCGUCCGCGGCAAGGAGGACGCCAUCGCAACCCGCAACAUCGUCCCCGGCGAGUCCGUCUACGGCGAGAAGCGCGUCUCGGUCGACGACAGCGUCCAGAACGAGGACGGCACCACCACAACCACCAAGGUCGAGUACCGCGUAUGGAACCCCUUCCGCAGUAAGCUGGCCGCCGCCGUCAUCGGUGGUCUGGAGAAGCUUUACUUCGGACCCGGCUCCAAGGUCCUCUACCUCGGUGGUGCCUCCGGUACCUCCGUCUCCCACGUUGCCGACAUUGUCGGUCCCACCGGCUUCGUCUACGCCGUCGAAUUCUCCCCUCGCUCCGGCCGUGACCUGAUUGGCAUGGCCGCCAAGCGCACCAACGUCGUCCCCAUCGUCGAGGACGCCCGCCAGCCCCUCAAGUACCGCAUGCUCAUGCCGAUGGUCGAUGCCAUCUUCGCCGACGUUGCCCAGCCCGACCAGGCCCGUAUCGUUGCCAUGAACGCCCACCAGUUCCUCAAGGUCGGUGGUGGUAUCCUCAUCUCCAUCAAGGCCAACUGUAUCGACAGUACCGCCCCCGCUCACAAGGUCUUCGCCAUGGAGGUCGAGAAGCUGAGAGCGGAGCGCAUCACGCCCAAGGAGCAGCUUACGCUAGAACCCUUCGAGCGUGACCACUGCCUCGUCGCUGCCGAGUACUCGCGCUACUCGAAAUAA